AUGAGGAAGCUUCAAAAGAUGGUGCAUGACAUGAAGAAAAAUGAAAGUGGGAUAAUAAAUAAAUUCAAAAAGUUCCAAAAUGAACAAGUGGCCUUAAUUUGCAAAACUGGGAAAGAUACUUGGGAUCGGCUUAAAAAAAAACCUCCUCCAAGUCUGCCACAAAGGGAUUAUGCUUCAGAGCAUGCAGACAAUGAAGAGGAGCAAUGGUCAGAUGACUUUGACAGUGAUUAUGAAAACCCAGACGACCACUCUGACUCUGAGAUGUAUGUGGUCCCCAGUGAAGACAAUCCUGAUGACAGCUAUGAGCCACCUCCAAGUGAGCAAGAGAAAAAGAAGAUUCCCUCUGCAUUCCCUAUUUCUAGGGGUGAAUAUGCAGACAAUCGCACCAGUCACCAGCAACUUCCUCCCAUCAACAAACCUCUCCCAAGUACACCCAGUACAGCCAUGUCCAGACCAAAGAAACCAUCUGUGCCAUCCCUGCCACUGCCAUCUCCUGCUGCAAAACCAAAAGUACCGCCGAAGCCUAAGGAGUGUAGUGAUGAUGAGGAUAAUUACAUUGUGCCAGUGGAUAAUGACGACGAUAACUAUAUAGAACCAACGGAAAGCAGCACGUCGUUACCUACAAGAUGUCCUGUGAACAGAUUUAUGAAGACACCAAAGUCAGCUUUCCCUACUUCUCCUACUUCUGAUUUGCAAGAAGUCUAUGAAGUUCCUGAAGAAGAGGAAAAACCAUCACCACCACCGGUAACAAGGUUCACUAAGCCACUUCCAUCUACGCCUGCUCAGAAUACAGAGCACUCCCAUGUGCACAGCAUGACCAGAGAGUCACAUAAGCUGGAUAAUUCCAGAAUUAUUUUGCCUCUUCCCAGAAAUCGUCUUCAUCCAAAAGCAGACUGUGAAGCAAAUAAUAAUGAUGAAAAUCAUAGCUUCAAUAACACACAAGAAUCCAGAUUUCCCACUGGAGCAGCUCCAUCUCCAUUACCAAGGGGCCUAAAGAAAAGUCCUAAUGCAGUAAAUUCACCGAAACCAUGUUUACCUUCCAGAGAGACCUUAACUACAAAUGAAGAAAAACCUACAGCACCAGAACGACGACGAGGUUCCAGCCAAGAGCUUCCACUUCCACCCCUUCCAAGCGGUGCCCAAAAGCCUUUGCUCCAAAAGCCCUCAGUUCUACCAAAAGUGCCAGAAGCUGCAAACCGUUCUCCGGGUACUUCCUCUCACAGUGCCAUUUCAUCUAUUUCAAGUACUGCAGACCAGGAAGCUGGUGUUCAUAAUAAAGUAUGGUAUGCUGCUACCUGUGACAGAAAAACAGCAGAAGAGGCAUUGUAUCGAUCAAACAAGGAUGGAUCUUUUCUAAUAAGAAAGAGUUCUGGACAGGAUUCACGGCAACCAUACACACUGGUUGUGUUUUACAACAGAAGAGUAUACAACAUACCUAUACGAUUUAUUGAAUCAACAAGACAAUAUGCACUGGGCAGAGAAAAAAAUGGUGAAGAGCGCUUUGACAGUGUUGCUGAAAUAGUAGAGAAUCAUCAGCGCAUCUCCCUGGUUCUAAUUGACAGCCAAAACAACACAAAAGAUUCGACGAAACUAAAACAUAUCGUAAGAGUUUCUUAAGUCAAACUGAACUGCUAAAAUAAAGACUUUUUCAAUAAUUUUUCAACAUCCAAAACCACAUGUGGAUCACGUGUUAAAAGAAGAAAAUCCAAAAUUAUGGAAAACACUUUUUAAGAGCACAUACGAGUAGUAAAGAGAUGCAGUUCAUGAAGUUCAACUCCACGUCACUUU